UUGAUGUGAUUAAAUGGCAUGCGGCUUUACUGUAUGUAAUCUGUAAUAGCUUAAAUAAUGAACUUACUAAUUCCGAUAAUACAGCUACUCUUGGAAAACGAAAAGCAUUGCGAAAUGAACUUUUUGAAGAGAAUAUUCCACAUGAACAUAAAAAUUCAAAAACCCAUCGUGAAAUUAGUUGUCUUAUCUGCUG